CCAGCAGCCAGCUCGGGUCGGUCGACCAGCGGUUCCCGCCCCACAGAGGCGCCUGCACAAAAGUGACAGCCAGACGGAUCCUGAGAAGCAGGGCCAUGGACACCUUCAGCACGAAGAGCCUGGCCCUGCAGGCCCAGAAGAAAGUGCUCAGCAAGAUGGCCUCUAAGGCCAUGGUGGCCGUGUUCGCGGACGACACCAGCAGCGAGAUCCUGGACGAACUGUACCAGGCCACCAAGGAGUUCACCCGCAGCCGGAAGGAGGCACAGAGGGUGGUGAAGAACCUGGUGAAGGUGGCCGUGAAGCUAGCCGUGCUGCUGCGGGCGGGUCAGCUGGACGGGGACGAGCUGGCCCAGCUGCGAAGGUUCCAGGGCCGCAUGCGCAGCCUGGCCAUGACGGCCCUCAGCUUCCACCAGGUGGACUUCACCUUCGACCGGCGCGUGCUGGCCGCGGGGCUGCUGGAGUGCCGGGACCUGCUGCACCAGGCCACCGGCCCUCACCUCACUGCCAAGUCCCACGGCCGCAUCAACCACGUCUUCGGCCACUUAGCCAACGGCGACUUCCUGGCCGCGCUGUACGGCCCAGCGGAGCCGUAUCGGAGCCACCUGGGCCGCAUCUGUGACGGCCUUGGAAGAAUGUUGGACGAGGGCGGCAUCUGACCUGGCCUGGAGACCUCUCCAGAACAUCAGUGUUCGUCCCAGCUUUGCUCCUUUCUACUUCCGAGAAGCUGUCUUGUAGUCCAGCCUGACCCCAGACUCUACGGGGCGAGGCUGACCUUGAACUGAUGCUGCUCCUGCUGCCUCCUGAGUGCUGGGGUCACACCGGUGUGCUCCACCAUCUCAUUGUUGGGUACUGUCAUUCUUUCAGAUAAGGUCAUGGAGACUCGGGAGUAAAAAAUUGUACUCCCCAAGCCCUGCUCCCUGCCCCCUGCCAAAUGUUUAUGUUCAUUUCCUAACUCUCAGGGCUUCCCAAUGUGACUCACUUUAGGAAAUGGAGUUCAAGCCCUGGCACCAGUCUAGGGCUGAAGGGAUCCCAGCCCGUCAUGUGGGCUGGGGAUGAGCACACUUCCGUGUUGGGAUCUGGAGGAGACCCCAUCUGGAGACUGCAUCCAGGACCUAAGAGCAGGAAGAAGCCGUCCCUGAGGUGGCUCAGUGAGUCGUGACGGGAGCUCAAUCCCCAAAACCACACAGUGGAAGCAGAGAACCAGUCAGCAAGGAGCGACUGAGCUGGUGGGAAUGCUGGAGUCCUCACUGGGAGGGAGGAACCUGGGGACCUCAGAAGCUGUCCCCAGCUUCAGCAGGGCAGGGCUGCUGGAGAUACAUGUCUGUGUUAAAUUAUAAUGCCGUAUUUGGGAAACAAACCCAUCUUUUCUCUUUGUAUGACAGCCAGGACUUGUAACCAACCCUGACCACACAUGUGGGAGCUUAACCUUAUGGUCACUAUGAGACAGACUUUUAUCCUUGGUAAGGUGGUCAGGCUUCAGUAACGUGUGUGCACAGCUGAGGUGUGGGUUAGUGCUCUAGAAUCCCCAGUAAGGGAUUGGGGGCGUGGCCAGUGUGAAGCCCCGCCUAGAACCCCUAGUGAGGACAGUGCCUCUGCACUUUGCCGGGGUUCUGCAAUGCUGCAGGUGUUAAGGUGAUCUGGGAGAUGGGGAGGACACACAACACCCACAGCUGUGAGUAUUUAGGACAAAGUUUACAACCUGCAUCCUGUGGGGCCUGGUUGGGGGUCACAGAGGCUUUAUUAGUGUUUCAAAUGUGGCCAACACAGAGAUUCUAUCAACAACUACUGAUUGUUAAUAUUUGUUGUUUUCAAGGGGUCAGGUCCUGGAAGCCUCCCUCUCUCACACCAGCUCCACAGGGAAACUCCUCUCACUUUAGGCCCUGGGCCAGAUCUUGAAACUGGGACACCAACAUGCAUGCCGCUGUCCCCAGAUGAAACCCUCAUGCUGACCAGAUGGACCAAUGAGGGGAACAGACUGAGAUUUGCGGGGCUGUGGUCCUAAGGGUGAGAUGAAAAGGAAAGCCAGAGCACACGAGGGACAUAUUCCUUUAUUAUUUUGUGUCACUGGGUUUGGUAUGCCAUACGGAGCCUCGGCCAUCAAGCUAACCUUAUUUCCUUUUUAGGUUUAGAUUCUCAGGGUGACCUGGACUUCACAAUCCUCCUGCCUCAACUGCUUGAAUGCUUGGGAUCACAGGCCUAUGCUAGAAAAAAUAUUUAAAGGUGCCACCGUGUGGCUGGUGACAUGGGUAGAGGUGCUUGCUGCCACGCCCACCACCCAGAGUCUAUGUCAGAGGCCCUAAGGAGGCAGCUCCUCCCCUGCCAGCCCCUCCCCGACCAGGUUCCACCGUGUUCCCUUGGCUCCGCACAGGCUGGUGGCCUCACUGGCCUCCUGUGUUUGAGGCACUAGGUUCAUGCUGAGCAUCAUAAAAUUUUUUC